AUGGCCACCGGAAGGUUCGAUGUGAGCUCUUCCUCAAUCUUGAAAGCUGGCCUCGAGAGUCUUGCAACAGAAUCUGACAAGGUAUCGAUACCAGAGCUACAGCCAGGUUGCGCAACGCUUCAUGUGGCUGCGAUGAGCAAUAGUCCCGAUGCUAUCGACCUCCUCCUCAAAUACGGCGUCGACGCGAAUGUGAAAGAUGCAACUGGACGAUCACCAUUACACUAUGCUGUGCAGGCUGAUAGUAGCAUUCUUAUUGAAAAGCUAUUGAAAGCUGGAGCAAGACCUGAUGCUGUUGACGUUUUCCAAAAGACGCCACUCAUGGCUGCUGCGGAAUUCGGCGCAAUACACGCUGCCUCGACGUUAUUGAAGCAUGGCGCCAAUUUGGCGGCGGUAAACCUCGCUGGCGAAAACGCAAUGCAUAAUUCUUAUCAAGGAAUAAACAUCAAGAUGUUGAUGUUCUUACUUGACUCCGGAUGCGACCCCUAUCAGCUCGAUAACAGAAACCAUUCUCCGGUGUACUACGCGUUACCAUGUAGAGAUCUUGCCACUUAUAUCUACGCACGCUGCCUAGAUUUGAGCCACAUGGUUAAUGAAGAUCACGUUCCCAUGAUAGGGCCAGGGAUUCAAGCUUUGCGCUUGUUUCUUUCUUAUUCUUCGAAGGCCUCCAGGAGUUUGUUCCUGACAAUGAGAAAUGAGGACGGAGAUACAGUGUUGAUUGAAAGUGCGAUCGGAAGUGGCCCAGACUUUAUCCAAGUUUGUGUCAAAGCUGGCGCGCAGCUCGAACUUACUCGCAAGAACGGCGAUACAGCACUCCUUGCCGCCUGUCGAGUCGGACAGCUACCCUCUGUCGCGUACCUUGUCCGGCAGGGAGCCAAGCUGGAGUACAAGCAUCGAGGUCGAUCUCUCAAUGCCCACGCAGCAGCAUGUCAGCAUCCAGAGGUCAUCAAAUGGCUGUUAGUAAAACGUUGGACUGAGCAAGGCAAACUUGGUAGUGAGCCUGCCGAUAGUGGGGAGCGGGUGCAGUGCCAACCUUGGUCCGGAGUACGGACUGUCAAGAUACCUUUGCGUGGAGAUUACGAGCGGCCAAAGGGAUCAUCACUAUUGGAUCACACGAUAUACUUGCAUAGUGUUGCGAAGGGAGGAUGGAGGGUGUUGGUGCCAUUAAGAUGGGAUACCGUUGCGAACCUCGUGCCGUUGCUUGGAGAGAAGUGA